GCCAUGGAGGCGGAGGGGCCGCAGCCGGGGCCGGUGGCGGCGGCGGGGCCGGAGCCGGGCGCCGAGGAGAUCGACAUGUCCCUGGAUGACAUCAUAAAACGCCAUCGAAAAGAGCAGACAGAUGCCAGCGCUGGGGGGCACGAGCGAAGGCCGCAGGUCAAGCCCAGGAACUCAGUGUACGGGUAUGGACGGCCCCGCUUUCGUGCCUGGAUGCAGAGGAAUUUGCAAGGACCUGCCCGGUUUAGAAGAGGGUUUGGACAACAACAGUUCAACCGGAGACAAUUCAGGAAUGCUAUGCCUGGUCCCAAGAGAACAGCAGCUGCUUCAUUGAAUGGAGUGAGCCCUUUAAAUCGUCAGGCAUCGGCUCCAGAGGGUAACACGAAGAAUGAUGCUUUCUCCAAGAGCAGCAGCAGCAGCGUCGUGCAGGCAGAGGGACGGCGACGGCCACCCCCAGGCCCCAGGAGGUUCAGAGGAGCUGCUGCCAGCGCUCAGGCUGCAGGGAGAAGACCUUUCCGGCUGAACAGGGCACCAGCUUUCCAGCAGAAGCGGAUGCAGCAGCGGUUUCUCAAAGCCAAAUUUCAGAGAGGGCAGACGGAGGCUGAUGGCAACAGGAAACUGCCACGGAUGAGAAGGUGGCAAGUGAAACCUAGCCCUGGAGCAGUUCUGACGGUGUCUGUGGCCAAUCCUCAGGCAGGCCAGGCUGGCCCGCCUGGAUCCAAGCGCCCGUUCCUGCGCAGCCGGAGGCCGCCGCCGCGCGCAGCCAAGCCCCAGCCCAAGGGGGUGCUGCUGAGGUUCAACUUCCGUGCCAUGGCCAACCAGGUAGAGGAUGAUCGACGGCACAGGCAGCACCCCGCACCCUGCAGCAGCCCUGCCACUAACCCGGUCACGCCACACUCAGGUCUCUGGGGCUGCCGAUUGGGUUUAUGUAGCAUGACCUGGGAGCAGAGACCCGUGUUGGCUGGGUUGCUCCCUGAACUGAAGGCAUCUGAGAAGACUGUUCAGCAGCUGCAGACUCAGCCCAGUUUCUCCCACUCCGUUGUCCUCUCUUGGCCUGUCCAUGUGCUUGCUCGGAGCGGGGAGAUACUGCUUGUGAGUGGUCCUGGACGGCAGGGACUGUUCCACUGUUGGUGCUCCCAGCUCCUCAGAGACACACAGCACUUGUGGGCUUUGCUGUCUCUUUGCUUUGGUGACCUUCUCAGUGCCAGUUUUGUGCUAAAGUAUGGUCCAAGAGCCCUGGGGCAGGUCAGAGAUCCUGCUCCACCUUCUUCACUGCUUGUUUGGACGUUCCUUGUCUGGAUGGUUUGGUUUUACUUGGUGCCUGGUGCUCAAAUGCUACAUGCUUGCUCCUGUUUUUGCCAAGGAUGGACGGUAUCUUGGGGCUAGGUGCUGCUUGAAGCUGUUUUCCAGCUGCACCCAGUCUGUCAAGCUCCUUGUCUCCAUGUGCUGAGUGGUUUAAUUGACUAACUGGCUGUGAAGCACCGUCCUGACUGAUGGGCUCUAAUCAAUACCCUGCUGCAGAUUUGGCCAUGCUUUGCCACGAGGCACAGGACUGACUCAGUCUCCCUUUCCCCUGCAGACCAGCCUGACGCUGGAUGAGAGGUUCUCUGGUCUGAGGAAUAAGAGGCGCUUUACAGCAGCCAGGAGCGCCGGCCGGACAGUCACCAUGCCCUAGCACCGCUCCUCAGGGACUGCCCUCACAGUCCAGGCCCUGCAAUGGGCAGCUCAAUAAAGCUCAAUAGAUUUAUUUCCUCCAAGAUAGCUACUUUGGCAACGCGCUGUCUCCUUCCUUACACGCUGGGUGAAGAGCGAGUGAGGGCAGGUACAAGGCAGGAUGAGAGCUGGGGCCAGAGCAUAGGAGCAGGGCGAUGCAUGGGGACGAGUGGAGGUGGAUUUGUCCUGCUGCGGAUCCACAAGGCUGGCAUCACCCCUGUCAUCCUGUGCUGCCCUGCAAGAGGGAGCAGGGACCAGCUCCAAGCCGUAGCCAUGGAGCCUUCCCUGCAUUGCUCCAUGGGUGGGAAGGGUUGAGGACAUGGCCUGCCUAUGCUGGGCUCAGAGCAGGGAGCAGAACACGUGUUGCAGCAGUGGCACCGGUGGGAUGCUCAGCUGCCACAUUCGCCAGCAUCCACCUCCUUGCCCAGUUUGUUCCCUAUGCUUGAGGUGUGCUGUGUCCAUCCUGGAAGCAUCCUGCUCUUCCCUGACACUCAGGCCUGAGCACCUUGUGUUUCUCUUUGGUUUGCUGUGCUGUUGUGACCGCUGCUGCUCCCCGGUUGCAGGGAUGGGGUGGGACAUGUGGUGCUGCCAGGGGUACUGUCCUUGACAUGGAGCACACACACAGUUUGUCCCGGCCCGAGACAGGUUUUCCAUAGCUGUGUAUUAGGGAUGUGGUAGGCGCAGCUCUGCCCAUGCUCAGAGCACCAGCACAAUAAAACCAGCAGCUGCAGGGACACAGGGCUGCCAGCACCCCAUAAAUGGGGGCUGAGAUAGCCAAGUCCUGCACCAACCAUGAGUCACAGAUCCAUUCUCCAGCCACUGCUGCAACCCAGCACCAAACACUGGACACAGCCUGGCACUGGGCUCGGAGCUACACUCAUUACAGUAAAUAUUUGAUAGGCUUCUUUACACCGGGCAUCUAACAAACUGGGCUCAACUGGUUUAUAGCAAUGUGUGAGAUGCUGUUAGUGACAACGUGGCCAUGUACGAGUCCAAUGCACUGAAUAAAACACU